CGCUAAUUCUGACUGCCGAUGAGCCGCCGUCCCGUCCGCCGUGGCAGCGCCCCUCCAUGCUGCAGCCGGUGUUCAUGAACAACAGCGUACGACAUGUGGUGGCGUCAGUGGGACGACCAGCUCACCUGCACUGCAACAUCCAGCACCUCGGAGAUAAAGUGGUGUCCUGGGUGCGGAAGCGGGACCUGCACAUCCUGACUGUCGGCAUGUUUCCGUACACGACCGACACUCGCUUCAAGGCGCUGCACUCGGACGGCACUCAGGAGUGGACACUCAAGGUGCUGGGUGCCACAAUCGCCGACAGCGGCGUCUACGAGUGCCAAGUGAGCACUCAGCCCAAGAUGAGCCUGAGCUUCACCCUACAGGUGGUCGUCGCUCGCGCCCGUAUCGUGGGCAACCGGGAGCAGCACGUCAAGUCGGGCAGUGACGUCAACUUGACAUGUCAGCUGAGUCACGACUCGAGCGCCAUCUAUUGGUACCACCGCGACAAGGUGGUCACCUCAAACUACUACCAGCCGGGCACCCAGAGGAUACGGAUAGAGACGGCGCCCACCUACAGCAGGCUGCAUAUCACCGGUGUGGUGGACAGCGACUCCGGAGUCUACACAUGCUCCCCGGUCGGCAUCGACCCCGUGUCUGCCGUGCUGCACGUCAUCAACGGUGAGCACCCGGCAGCGAUGCAGCACAACUCCGCCAGAUGCCGGCAGUGCGGCGGCUCUCCCCUGCUGGUGCUGGAGCUGGUGCUGCUGAUGGUGUUGGUGCUGGUGAGCCACUCGAUCCGCCGGUGAAACUGCGCCCAGGCCACCGGAGUGCGCAGUCAGCGGUCAGAUCAUGAGAUGUGACAGUCCAAGUGACGGGACACUAGAGGACGGAGUGAAACAUUGAUCAGUGACGCAGUGACCGCAGCGCAAUGACUGCAGCGGAGUGAGCAGUGAACUCGAGUGGGCGCUCCAUUGGUCAACGGGCCGCUGACGUAAUUAUGACGUAACAGUCACGGCAGGGAUGUCUGCGCCCGGUCCCUGCCGAGUGCCCUCUACAGCUAUAGAAACUAGCUUAUACAUACGAAGCCCAUUACACUCACUGAGCCAUGCAAGUCUCCUGCGCUCCACGAUAUGUGCUGAAUCUGCCAUAAAACCUGAUUACAAAGAAGGCGGACAACUGAUACUCGAGCUCCGCUGUCCUGUUAAUGUGCUGUUUGGUGUUCGGAGAAACUGUGGAUCGUGAGAGAUUGUGGAAGAGUGUGUUGCGAAAUUCGAAAAUGAACUAACGUACUGUGGUGAUUGACUGCUCUCCCGUACUUUCGAGCCCUUCCCCACCCUGAGUCCGGAAUGGUGAGAACUGGCAGUAUGGUUCGAUCGACUGAGAAGAAGCGUGGGCUGCCCUUUGAGCGCUCCGGUGGGGACAACUGGGCCGGCAAUGGGAGGAAGCCGUGAACUCGGAGUUACGGCUGGUCUUACUAUGUAGAUAACUGAGACGCGCGGUGGGUAAUAAGUGAGUGACUCAGCAGGUCUGGUCGGGAGAGACACGAGACAGUAGGCAACUGAUGAGAAGUCGGUGAACAUUCUACUGGGAGACAAAUGCAAGGCAGCAGGAAGCGUUCUGUGUAUGGCAGUGGUCGGCAGGUCAUUCGGGGUCGUGCCCCCUUUUUGGGCGCCAGGCAAGGCCAUUACCCCCACCUACCAGACCCCAUUGCUGACACAUUUAAGUUUACUGA